CUCUGAUCGGUGUGUGUUUCUUUCGCUUGCUGUUUAUUGGCUAGUUUUGUUUCGUCUGGUGACAACAUCUGAUCCAGCAGCGCUUUUUGCGCCACUGCGCAACUUGCGCAGCUUUUCUUCGCUUGCUGUUUAUUGGCUAGUGAUAUUCCUUCUGGUGACAACAUCUGGACCAGCGGCGCGUUUUGCGCAACAGUGCGACUUGCACGACUACUUGAUUAUUGUGACUGUCUCAAAGUCACAAUGGAUAAUUGGAGAAGAGGAGACUCCCCCGAUGAGGAGAAUAUGAGGAGACAACCACCACCUCCACCUUCUUCACCUACUGAUGAAAUGAUGGAGAAUAACGCUGAGGUUACGGCACAUCUACCUGGGCAGUGCCUUGAGGACAGCGUACAGGUUCUCCCAAGAGUUACCUGUCAGCUCGCCCAGUUUACCAUCUCUGAGACUGAUAGCACAUCAUCAGAUGAGGAUACAAGUUCGGAUGAAUCCAGUCCCAUCAGCCCCAUCCGUCCUAACAGUCCUAUUAGCUCCAUCGGCAGCAUCAGCCUUCAGCAGGUCCCAGCACCCCAGUGUCCUCAGCACAUCUUUCUUCAUUGUCCUGGCUCCCUGACUGAUAGUUCUUCAUCAGAUGAGGAAACAACAAGUUCGGAUGAAUACAGUCCCAUCAGCCCCAUCCGUCCUAACAGUCCCAUCUGUCCUAUCGGCUCGAUCAGCAGCAUCAGUGAUCAGCCACAACCAAGGUACUCCGUAAGAUACCCAGGACAAGUCAUCCCGGAGGAUUGGUUCAUUGGUCCCAUGCCUGAGUUGGCCUCAAUGCCGGAGUAUAGGGCCAUGUGUGAGUGGUACAGCUCAGACCGCGAGGCACAUAGAGAUAAUCUGGUGGUCACACGCAGUCAUGUCGGCAGACCAUCUGAAGCAACAUCAGCAGAGGAAUUAAUAAGUAUAAACAUUACAUGUGCCUUCAACUGCACCAUAACAUCGAGGCCAUUCAUGAGAUUAUAUAGAAACCUUAGAUCGAGACUUAUGAAGGCGGCCCAAAGAUUACGGAGGGCCCUGCAACAGCACUGACAAAAAAAAAAAAAAAGAGAGUCCAAGAAACAUCUAUGAACAUCUCCCUCCUGCCAGGGGGACUCUCUGAAGCGAUAGAGUACUGAGGGCCAGUAGAAGCCGGACAUGCCCUGUGAAGCCUGUGUACUCCGCUAUGUCCAUAAUAAAAGGAUUGAGACCUAUUGAAAAGUGCCGUUCUGCUUUAUUUCUAUACCUUUGUAUCACUUUGGGGAUGUUUAUUGAUUUGGGAACAGAGCAUCAUGUCCACAAUCUAGGCUAUCCUGUAGAUGGUGAACCACAUGGACUGUCGUUACUGAAGGACUACAAGCAUAACGAUUCAUGAAACCAGUGGAUAAACAGCUAAAGCUGAGAGCAAGAUUGUGGCCUUGGUCAUAAACGUACCUGUCCUCGCUAUUGCGCUGCACCUGUUCCCUGAGGAGCACUGCUGGGACUUGUCCUCAUUACACUCUCCUCAUUUAUGGACUUAACAUUUUUGG